UCGUCGUGACACCAACGACGAGACGACACUUUAAAAACACUACAACACACGGUCAUACGACACAAUAAUAAUCGCACACGACUUUCACGUUUCACGUUUCUAACGGUGAAUUCAUAAAUAUCAGUUCAUAUAAUAUUAUAUUAAACAUAAAUUCGUCUCGAAUAGAGAAUUGUGUCUCUUGAAUAUAAAACUGUAUUUUAUAUCAUCGUCAUUAUGCCGUGCCGCGAAGUUGGACCAACUAUCGUGCAACACUUUUGCGACUACGACGACGACGGUUCGUCCGGCAAAACGAUGGACUCCGACUCGGACUGUUCCGGACACGACGAAACCACUGCUGUGGUCCGCACCUGCGGCAGAGGCAAAUGGCUGAAGACGCUGCGGACAGUUAUCGGCAGGAUGGAAGGCGACGGUGGACGCCGAUCUCGACAGGUCAAAACCAUACUCAGACCGCCGACCACGUACGUGUUUGUGAUAGGCAUGUCCGGACUGCCGUCUAAGGUCGCUGUUUAUCCGAGACGGACAUGAGAGGACACAUCCGGGAGUUGGGCGACUGACUUGACGACGCCCGGCAGACUAUACAUUAUAAUCGGCCAAACGACUGUCAUGAUGUGAAGAUUUCAUGGAUAAAUAAUAUUAUGUCAGCAAUAAGUUGUUAUGAAGUUGGAUGUCGUAAUAUUAUUGUAACAUUCAUAAUGAAUUGUUUUUUUUUUUUUUUUUGAGAUUUUGACCGGAUAUUAUUGUAAAUUUAUGUUUUUACUGAAAAUAUUAAUUAUUGUGUCCCUUUGACGUUUGUAAUACUGUACGAGAUAAUUCAUCAACUAUACUCAGGGCUCACCUAUCAAAAUUUAAUAAUGCAGUUAUUUAAAAAAAUUUUAAGGAAUAUUAUCUUUAGUAUAAAUACUAUAAACGUUUUAAUAAUUAAAAAACUACUCUUUUAAAUUGUUAAUUAGGUAUUUUAAAAAAUAAAAAUACCCACUAAAUAAUUUAUAA